AAAAGACAGAGAGACAAAGCCACCUGGUUACAGAUAACAUGUAAAGGAUACUUGUUUUCUUUUACCCAGCAACUGUAUGAGGAGAAAUCGGGCUCCAGUCAAUACUCUAUACUACAAGUGAUGUGGCUGACCAGAGAAGAAAAACUCAUUUAAUACUGAGACAAGGGACACUGGAUUCAUCAUGUCAGUUAAGCUUCCUAAGAGGCUGAGCAGCAAGAAAAAAAAACCUCCAAAAGACAAUGCCCAGACAGAGGUUCUACAUAAGCUGGGCCUGGAGGCCUUCAGGACUGCACCACUAGACCCAGCAUCUAUGUUGGACAUCAGCACUUGGACUCUGGAGAACCAAACUCCUCUAGAGCUCAAAGAUCUGCCAAAUGCUUUCCUCCAACGCCUUUGGCUACUAAGCCCCAAUGCUCGAAGUACUUGCUGCAAAUCUCAUCAAUGUGAUGCUGUGAACAAAUCACCUGAGGAGAUGAUCAAUGGUUUUGGUGAAGAAAGCCAGUAUGCCAUCAACCCCCUUGAUCUAGUUACAGCGGUCUUUAUGUCUGCCAACACCUUCCUUCAGCAGGAGAUGGCUGUGCGCAUGAUGCAAUGCCAGUUCGCUGUGCCCCUGGUACUACCAAGCAUAGAUCCAGAGGAAGCCAGUCGCUUCCUUCUUUGGCCUCUCAGAGGUGUUGUGAGCAAAUGGCCAUCUCAUUUUCUGGAUAAAAACAGGAACUUCCAGGAGGGGGAUUUGGCAAGUACAUACAUGCCGAUGGUUUCUUGUGUGAAGCUUGGUCACUGUGGCAUCUCCAAGUCACAGGUGCUCAACCACAUUAUAAGCAGACUAAAAUCUUGCAAUGAAACAUUUCUCCACAGGGGGAUGGAUGGAGGACAGCUGCCCCGGAGACUCUCCAAUGGCCUGGUAGAGACUGGAUGGUAUGUACCCACUGGAGACACUGCCAGAGAUAAUUUCUCCGUCCCUGUGGUCAUCUCUAACCUACGUGGUGAUGCUAGCACACAUGAGAAAUGCCUCACCCUUCUAUGUCAAGCGUCUUCAGUUGUGAUUGUUUUCUGUGGGAAUCUUCGAGAGAAAGAAAAACAACUUCUUGCUUCUUGCAAAGAUAUGACAAGCAAGCUCAUAUUGAUUGAUGUUUCAGACACUGACAAAAAUGAGAACAGUGUUGUGGGGUUUGUUAGUACAAACCUUGAAGAAGACAUCGGCCUACCCAAAGGGUCAGUGCUGCAAGGGAAAGCUUUGAGUGAGGAGGAACUGGCUAAUAGGCUGUUUGACACCCUGAAAGAUCUGUUGCCAAAUCAACUGAAACCCAUUACACUGGAGACAGCAGCAAAAUUAGCAGUGGAGUUAGGCCUUAACGUGGAUGAAGGGACGGUCUGUAAAAAGGCAAUGGCCAUAGUGGAGGAAGUUCUGAAAGGUUUAGAUGAGGGGUCUACUCAAUUCAGAGAGAAACAGCUUCCUUUGCAGGGGUCUUUGUGGUGCAAACUGGCUGAAAUAGAAAAGGAGGAGAGUAAACAGAGAAAAGACGGAAAAGAAGUCAACCCACAACUGCAAAAAGAAGCUAAAGAUAUCUUGGUUGAGUUGAGCAGCUACAAAAUGACCCCAGCAAUGAAAAUUUUCACAGAUGCGCUUUUCACAACAGAUAAACUUGAGAGGACUUACUUCCUAAGUUGGAUGAAGUUGAGACUUCAGCAGAAGCAAACUGAAGGUAGCAUGCCUGAACAUUCUGGUGAGCUUGAAAAUGGAGCCAAUGAUGACCUAGAGAAUAGUGAUAGUUUCUGCACAGAUUCAUUUGAUGAGGAGGAAACUGAAGAUCUGCCUGAACAUGCUGAACUGCAAGUUUCUGACCUACAGUCUGACAUUGUGCAAGAGCUGGAGCAUACUUUGCACAAGUCUACUGGCGAAGGCCUAGAACCACAGUCAGAACAAAAAAAUCUUGAGCUGACAGAUGAUCCAGUUAUAGAGCAGCAGUUGUAUACAAUGUCAAAUGAAAAAGAGAUCCAAGAAGAAAUAACUGAAACCAAAGUCAGUCUUGAGGAACAAAUUUCAAAUCCAGUCUUGGAGACUGGAGACAACGGAACCUUGAGCUGCCAAGUCACACAGCAAAAUGAACCAGAACCGACACCAGCCACUUCAGAGUCAACUUCCUCUGCCCAACAACAAAUGUGCCCAGAUGUUUCCUUUGAACCUCAGGUAGCCUGGUGUUCACAGCCUUUUGAACCUGAUCCAUCCUUGCUGGGGCUUGAGCACUUUUUACGUGAGAUGGGCCUAAUUUUUGAGCUAACACACGUCAGCCCUGGCAGUGGGAGCCACAAUGUGCUACGUCUUCCCAGCUUAGCUGCAGACCUGCUUCUCUAUGGGAUUCCACUUGAACUUAUGGAUGGAGAUGCCUCAAACAUUCCCAUGCGCUGGCUGGGCUGUGUCUUUGCAGAGCUCAAACGGCGUCUACCUCCAGAACAAUGCAGGAUUCGGGUGCUAACAAACCUUGGAGUACAUCAUGCAAGGAAUGCUGAUGUUCUUUCAGCAUUAUUUGGGGUAAAAUUCCCUGAAGGAAGGAAAAGAUCCACUAGAGGGGUGUAUAUGGUUGCCCUCUGUCUCCCUGAUACUGUUAGAAAGGACAUGGAGUGUGAUUUUCUGUUGUUAAUUGAUGUUGAAGGUCUUUGCUCAAUCUCUCAAGACAACAAAAGAAAUACCCAGAUCCAUGACAAUGAGAUGGCCACUGUUGCAAUAGGACUGAGCGAUGUUUUAAUGCAAAAUAUCUCUUCAAAUGCAAGUUCAGAGUUUGAAAAAGACUUCACUGUCAUAGUCAAUGCUCUCCUACGCAUCAAAGAAUGUGGCUCCAUGCCCAACUGCCAAAUCCUGGUCCAGGAUGAAGAAAUAAACAGCAUAUUACAAGCCUCACAGUUAAAGCGUGUUUCUGAGAUACUUCAGACUGAGACUGGGGACAGAGGAACUAACAAUGCUGAUAAACAAUAUACAAAGACCACAAGCUGUAUCACCUGUAUCAGAGGGCCUUGGACUAAUACAUCCAUCUCUGAACCAGUUGAUACACAGUAUAGUAAGACUGUAUUAAAGCUUAAGAAAAACCUGCUUGGAGCAUUGGAGAAAUGUGCAGCUAAGACCGCACCCACAGGUCUGCCAGAAUUUAUGGUCUGUUUGUGUGCUAUUUGGAAUGCAGUGAAAGCAGAAUCAUUCUCAGUUGGUCUGCAAAAUACUGACAUAGCUUUAGCAUUCUCUUUGUUGUGCACAGAGCUUUCCCAGUGGGAGGAGAUUUCUCAGAAGCACAUGGAAAGCUGGCUCCUGCAGGCAACAGAGAAAAUCAUCGCCACAAAGGAAAAGGCUUUAGAUGCUGCAACCCAAAAUGACCUCCUGAGUGAGUUGAAGGAUGAAGCCAGAGAGGUGGUCAAAACAGAGGUGGACAAAAUCAGGUCAAACAUAGAGGCCUAUUUGAUGAAAGAUGACCCUUUCAAAGAGAGCACUGAGACACUCAAGCCAAUCCUAAUGAGCAAUAUGGGUGACCUCCAGGAGCAAAUAACUGAGGAGAUCAUGCAAAGGUUGGACACAGUCAACGAGAGCCAUUGUUCUUCCACACAACUGGAAAAAUUUGAGACCUUACUGAAAAAAGAACAAGAGUCCAAACUACAUGCACUAGUAGAGAACAGCAAGUCAUCCAAAGUUCUCCUUCAAGAUGCUGAACUAGAAGAGGAGUUUGAAGGUGUGUGGAGUAAGACAUUAUUGAACUUUGACUUCAGGCCUUCAGAGACAGAUGAUAUAACUGCAAGAGUGACAGAUAUUCUGAGACAGAAUCUGAUUAGCCGUGGUCUGCAGAAACACAUGAAAAAGAUUGACGAAAUCAGCCAAAACCAGACAUCUAGCUUCCAAGUCUAUGAUGAGCACUUUGGAUACCGCAGCAGAUUAAAGCACAUGUUUGAGGACAACAACAGACUACAGAGAAUAGAGGCUCAUCAGGUAGCAUGCAGCGUGAUUGAAGAAUACAAUCAGUUUGUAGCAGAUAAAUCUAGCUCACCAGCAGAUUUCUCUGACAGCUACAUUACAGAACUGUUAGGAAAUGUUGAAAAAGCUCUGAAAGAAAAAUCUAUGGAAAUCAGAUCGGCUUUUGAAGUGGAUCUUAAAGUAUAUCUCUGUAGCUCUGCAUGCAAAGACUUCCAAAAACUACAUGACCGCUAUGCCAAGGAUAGAGAGCUUUUGAUAUGUAUCACUGCAGCAAAGAGUAUGUACUUGGCAGAGUUUAUCUACCAGUUCAGAAAGAGAGACCAAUGUCAGAGGGUGGCCCAAGCUUUCACCUCCAUGGUGAUCAAACCUACAUUGUUGGACUAUAUCUAUAGACCACUCGGGAUGCGUAUCGUAGAAGAGAUCCAAGCUACAGAACAGCAGUAUCAGUCCCCGAACGCCUUCCACCAAAGCUUGCUAGAGGAGCUAAUAAAGGAGGACUGCUUUGAGACUUUCCUGGAAUACUUGCUUUCCUUUGACAGCUUCAGACUGAGAAAGAUUCAGGAGACAGUGGUCGCUCACAUCUCUCAAUUAACCUACCUGGAUAAAUGGAGGCAACAGAGACUUGGAGAAAUUGUAGGAAAGAUUGCAGCAGCCGUGAGCGAAACAGCAGAAGGUACCAGUGGAGUGCUGAGUGAUACAAAGCCACUGCUGGAGAGAGUGUGCCUCACUUUAGAGAGAGAUGGAGAUGUGAAUGUCACCAGGGCCCCUCUGGAUGGACCUCUUUUCAGUAUCACCACAGAAUGGGAUCGUUUUGUGACAUGUUUAAUGGAGUUACUGGCUGCAAUGCGGUUGAAUCUUGCCCAGGAUUUCUCCCAAAGUGUGGAUAUCACCCAUCUUCUUAAUUGCUUUCCAGUUCCACCCCAACACUCCCUCUUCAACAAAGUGAGAGGUUGUGACGAGCAAUGUCCUCUCUGCAGGGCCCCCUGUGAGGUGGAGGAAAAGGGUCAUAAGGUUCACAGGUCUCUGCUCCACAGGCCCAAAGGCAUGGUGCCUUAUGACUCAUGUUCUUUCUCCUAUAAUGGCUGCCCUGAAAACAUGAUCCAAGGUAACCCAGGGCAGGUUCGGGAUACACACAUCACUCCUGAGGACCAAAACAGCCAGACACCUAGUGCUUACUGGAGGUAUGUAUUGGCAAGGUUCAAUGAGAAGUUUGCAAAGGAAUGUAAGAAGGAGCCAGCACAGAUUCCCGAGGAGUGGAAGAUGAUCACUGAGGAUGAGGCAUUACGCAGUCUGAAGGAGGCCUUCCUCACUAGACAGUGCUAAUAUAAGGACUGCCUUGUUCUUCAUAAUACCUUACAUUUUACUGUUCAGGUUUGAUCUUGGUGUACAAGUUGAACAAUUACCCAGUGAUGGUGAUGAUAAUGGUGAUGAUGGACAGAGAAUAAAUCAUAUGAAUUAUUCUUUCAAGGUAAUGAUAAUGAUAACUGACUUGAUUUUGUUAUUUGCCUUUUCUUUUUUUAUUUUUUAAAAUCACUCUUAAUAAUACAGUGUCCUUUUGUAAAAAUGUUUUUAAAAUGCUUCACCCCACCUCUUCCUGAUCUGAGAAAACAAUGUGAAAAGACCUGGGAUAUAAAAAUAGAAAUUGUUAACCAAAAACAUGUUAUGACACUACUUUUUUAUGUGAAGGAUGUUACAAUAUUUUAGUGAAACAUACAUUCUAAGAAAAUAAGUGAAGGUAUUAAAAUGACAAAAAACAGAAAA